GACAUUUCGAUUGUUUGGCGAUAUUUAAACCAGAUUACAACACCAAAGCUAAAAAUUAAUGUAGUACUUAUGAUAUGGUUGCAAAGUUAUGGUAGUAAAACAUCUAAAAUUACGUAUUGUACCAUGAUCCUACUUAGCCGUUUGUUUAGUUUAAGACAUAUUUCACUGUUGCAGACAUUCACAUUUAGAAGCAAAUCCAUUCCCAAAAAGGAAGGAAAUCUAUAAAAAAGCAAUUAUGGAUUGGAACAUAGUUUAUCGAAAUAUUCUUUGUAAACCGGAAAAAACUACGUUUCGAAUAUAUUACAGAGUGCAGCCAGUAAAGCUAUCGUGCCAUCUACAGUUAUCCCAUAUUUCUGUUUGAUCAGCCCGCUUCGGGUCGCUCAAAGCCACGAAACAAACGCAACUCACCUCACUGGAAAGCCAACUCACCAGCACUCAUCACGCUCAUCAGCGGGCGCUCAACAUAAGGUGAACCGAACGGUUCGACGAGUGCCACUCGCAUCAGGGUUAUGCUUAUGCUACAAAGCAAAGGGGGAAUUAAUCUGUUUCGGUCGGUCAAAAUGUGCACUCGGUUGGCGGCGGCAGUCGAAAUUCGGUCUCAUUUCGUUUGAAAAGCAAGUGCCACAGUUGUACGGAUACGACACAAAGCGCUAACACAGGUUUGGCACAAGUGUAAAUUUUAACAAAUUGCAACAACGGCAUACUCAUUGACGGCAAUAUUCACGCUUGGUUCACUAAUAGUGCAGGUGGUGUGUGAAAAAAUCGUAAUACAAAGAGUAAAAAAAUAAAUAAAUAAAGCAACAUCAGCAACACGAUCCGGUAGUGUAGAACUUGAUCAAUGAUACGUAGUGUGGUGUUUUGGUUUUGUGAAAUGAGUAAAGAAAUCUUCGACUAAAACAGCAACGUGUAUAACAUAUAGUACGCAAGAGAUCGAAACAAUCCGAUCAUUCUUGAACGGAUUUCUUCUCUUGGUGUGAAGAAAUGUGUACACACCUGAACACAUUAUCCUGCGAGGAACAAUGACCUUCUUACGAUCUCCGUACAACAUAUUACUGCAUUCGUCGUCAUCGUACCUGUUUCGUGUGAGUGAGUGUACUGCUGCAUAAUGUGAACUAGAUCGCUGGCCCAUUAUUUAUGGCAUUUGCACUGUUGUCGUCGAUCAUGAUGGAAUAAGAUGAAAAUGGAGCGGCAGUGUUAAGCUACCAUUGCUUUAGUUUACCUUUUUGGCAGGUGCAAUAAAAAUAACCAUCGGCAAAAGGUGUAUAAUGAAAACAACCAAAACAAGAAACAAAGGAAAUUGAUUGUAAAAUAAUGCAGAAACGAAUCCUAACAGUGAUUUGCCGUACAUCGUAACGGUUUGGUUUGGUUUUCAAAGCUAUUGCAGUGGCAUUUUCUGAAGCAUCCUUUUGCAACCAGUAACAAAAAAGUGCAACGAAAAUGAGACAAGUGGUACAUGGUAGCAUCAGUCAGUGUUUUCCUUUCAGUGUCUGGUUGUGUUUGUUAUGCAAAUGAAAAUGAAAAAAAACCUUUUUCAUCACAUCGUCAAAAUGUUUAUUGGUCCCUUUCUGUUGCAGUAAAUUGGGCAGUGAAGAGUUUCAAGAACGCCGUGUUAAUCGAUCAUGAAGGUGAAGAUACUGCAGCUGGCAACGGAAACGCAACAAACCCUUCCUCGAGCAGCAUUGAAAGAAAUGCUGUCCUGGAAACACUAACAUGGAACGCUGAUCCGGUUUGUCACACAAAUACAUGAUUGAAUUACAAACCGAGAAGAUGGGAGGAACAUAGUAGUUAUGUGAAACAGCACCAACAUAAUGAGUUAAGUGCAUACGUUCGUUCUUCGGUUCUAAAUGCAUCGUCAAAAUUGAACUUUCGGAGCUAAUACAGUUUAGUUUCCAUUAGAGAACUUUUGUUCCUUUCUGUUUUGUGCAAUUUCGUAAAAAAUGUGAUAGAGAAAAGAAAAAGAUAACAACAAAACAUCGUCCGGUUAGAAACAAAACUAUCGAUGCAAAAUUUCGACCGUUAUUAAGCCGUUCAGUUCGUCGAUUUGUGUAUUCUUAUGCAAAAGUGUGCAAUGCAGUGAAUGUCGUGAAUGUUUCCAAAAGUAUCCCACGGUGUGCAAAUAGAUUAGCAAAGAAAGGGUGUAGAUUGAGCAAAAAUUAUACCUUGCCCGUGUAUGUGUGCGUUACUUGUGCAAUGUGAUAGUGACUUGUGCGACUGAGGCAGUAAUUUGCGUUAUUUGUGGUUUGCAAAAUUUAUCCUUCGACAAAGUAAAAUUAAAAACAUUCAUAGUCAACACAUAACAUUAGUUUGGUUUGGAAACGCAAAACUUGUCCGGCUAAUAGAAUAGUUAAAUUAAAUAAAACCAAAUCGGUUUAGAACGUGAAAAAGCGCAUUAAAAGUAAAUAACUGUAGACAUAUAAAUUAUCAAACUAAAACAAAAGCGUUUAAUCCACUGGCUAGCGAUAUUGAUUGGAUGAAAACCAAAUUAUAUUAUGAUUCCAUUUCGAUAAAAACGUCUGGAGAUUUAUAACUGUAACAUGCAACAAACACAUAAGGAUGAAACGGAAAGAAUGUACAAUAGAUACUACCUACUGCAGUGAGAAGGAUCAUGCCCUGGUAUGAAAGGAGAACUUCUGAUGCUUACAACGAGAUCAGAGAAACAGUGAUAACAUAGGGGUGAGACAGCUGUUCAUCCGUGCAUCCGUAAGGAACGACGCAAGGAACCAAAAAUCUUGCAACCGUUUUGAAAACUAGACAAACAGUCCGAAAUAGUCUGCAUUGCAACUGCCGUACAAUGAAACUUCUGUUGCUGUAAGAUAUUGCUGCAAAAACGUACUCAAAGAGCAUCCUUCACGACCAAUCGGGCGAUACUGACAUUGGAAGAGAAAACGAUCGAAUCAACACUUUUACAAGCGACGACUCACACGAUAUUUUUACUGCUUAGUUGAAAUUUGCAGCAAGCGCAUAAAUUACAGGGCCAAUACUUGUAUGCAGAAUCAGAUAGAAGAGUGGUACAAACAAGCGAAUAUCUCGCAUACAGCUAAACUAUGAAGGAAUCAUUCGAAAUCAUGCCUGAUCAAGAACACUACAGCCUUCGGUGGAACAAUCACCAAAAUCAUAUACUACGUGCAUUUGACACGUUACUGCAGACCAAGACGCUCGUCGACGUGACGCUGGUGUGUGCCGAAACUAGCAUCCGAGCGCAUAAGGUAGUUUUAUCCGCCUGUUCGCCCUUCUUUCAGCGUGUAUUCUCUGAAACGCCCUGCAAACAUCCCGUGAUCGUGCUGAAGGACUUCCGCGGAUGGGUCGUACAGGCGAUUGUGGAUUUUAUGUACCGUGGUGAAAUCAGUGUUCCUCAGGAACGGCUUUCGGUACUAAUACAAGCGGGUGAAUCGUUGCAGGUGCGAGGGUUAGUAGACCAUCCGGUUGCAGCAAAUACCCCAACGCCGGCCCAAUCGCCGGAAGAUUUUAGCCUGUUGGAUAGCUCACUUAUAUCACCUACGUCACCCUCGCUACCCUCGCCAAACUUUCAAACCAACCACCAAUCGGGACAGCUCCGGCAUCACAGCGCGACGGCGACCAGUCUUAUAUCGUCCAACACGCAGAAACUGUUGCUACCACCGCAAGUGUUUGCCGAUCCGGCGAUCAGUCUGCCCAGUGCUAACGUUGAUCCGUGCACCUCCCCAAUGCCUCGCCGCAAACAGGCACGCCCGCGAAGACGCUCGGGUGACUGUGCACCGCAGGACCUGAGCAGCAAACCCUCGACACCUGUUCCACAGACACUGGAAGACGACGACACCGAACGGGACCUGCUCGAUGACCGUCCGGACGAAGAGGAUGAGCUAGAGGAAUUGGAAGAAGAUGAUGAGGAUGAUGACGAUGAUCUGAAGCGCAUCUUGCACCGAAGCCAAUCGGUCGAUGAAAAACUGGCGGCACUGGUAGCGAAAGAAGAUUUACGGACACAAUCUUCCGGCAGCUUGACAACAACACCGACGACAACAACGAUGACAACGGCGCCGACGUCGUCGUCGAACAAUGAUGAAAGGCGAUCGCGCUCGUUACACAAAUUAAGCCCUCGCAAAACGUCUUCUUCGAAGGGUAGCGUGGGACUGCUGGCAGGAGACGAUCUCCACACUGAGACAGCGCCUGCAUCGUCCGAAUCGCCUCCAGUUUCUGAUGGACCGGAAAAUCUGUGCAUGAAAAAAUCUUCCUCCACCAGCUCCGAGCUGAUGAGAAACAUUUCUAUCGGAGUUAGUGAGCAGCGCAACCGAAUAUCGUCGAUCGAAGCGUCGGACAACAAUACUGGUAGCACCGAACCUAAUGAUCGGACAGCUAGUCGAGACGGUGUGGCACGCUUGCCUGAUGUUAGCAAGGACUCCUCGCCGCUUUCCGAUACUGUUGGCGGACAUAUGAGCAGCAGGGGGCUUCUCUCGCUGAAGGAUAUUCGGCACCUGAACCGUGCGGCGUUAAAUCGCUCUCUUGGUUCAAUCUCACCACCACCCUCUUUCUCGUCGCUAAACAACAAUCUGCACCCGGCUCUAAGCCUUAUGCAUCAUCACCAUCACCAUCACCAUCAUCACGGAGACUCGAAGCGUGUGAAGCUCGAAGAUCGUGAGGAUGAGCGUUCGCUACUACACGACGAUAUGAUGGAACCGCCACACUUUUUGGACCACAUGGAUCUGGCUCUCAGUACACAUCAACAUCCGCUAGCACAUCAUCUGGCCCACCAGCAUCAUCUACGCAAUGCUUCCCCCCAUCUGCGACCCCCAACGGCCGACGGUGGCGGUACGGACAAUAAUGGCAGUAACAGCAGCAGCAGCAACAAACAGAAUAAUAGCGGUAACUCCAGCAAUAAUAAUAACGGUAGCGCCGGCGCUAACAAUCACAACAGUAUCCUGAACCAGCAUCACCACACCAACCCGAAUAACAAGCACCAUCAUCAGCUUGGUGGGAGUGGCGGAGGUGGUGUAGGUAGGCCAGGAACACCCAAGCAUUCAUCUGGCAUCGGAAACAGCAACAACAACAAUAACGGUGGCAGCAAUAGUACCAGCAGCAACAACAGUCUACACCAUGGUCAUCAUCCGCACCAUCAUCCACACAAUGGUCCGAAAGGAUCUGCUGGAGGGCCGAAAGACUUUCUACACAGUCCCACCCUAAACUUUCCACCCUUCUUCAAUCACUCGGAAGGACCACCGAGGCCGACCCACUCGCCACUUCCCUUCCCACACAUGCCGUCGGUUUCAUCCCUAACGCUCACGCCGCCCCACAUGUUUGGACUAGAUUCACCGCUAGGACUUUUUCCGCCAGGAAUGGAUCCAGGGAAAAUAUACAGCCCGCUAAUGGAAAUGUCGGACCCACGGAGUAUGCACCAUGAUGGUCCACCGUUCCUGAAGAAGAAAAUGAACCGACCAAAAGGACAACACUCUGCACCACGUGGAGGACCACCCCGGUCGUGGACCAACGCAGAACUUACCGAAGCGCUUCAGCACGUGUGGAACAAGAAAAUGACUACGAGUCAGGCGUCGCGCAUAUUCGGCAUCCCGUACAACUCGCUGCUAAUGUAUGUUAGGGGCAAGUACGGCAAAAGUCUAAAGCUAGAGCAACUCCGAAAGGACUGCAUCAGUGGGCCACCGAUCGAGCUGCUGCAGAUGGGUGUCGGUAACAGCAACAAAGACAAAAAGGAAGGCAAAGAUUCCGACCUGCACCACAGCCAUCAUUCGGGCAGUGGCACUGGACGGGAAGGAAGCAGUGGCCCGAACGUUGGAAGCGGUGGCGGUGGUCCCGGCAAUGGUGGAGGAGGACCCCGAUCUGCAUCAUCCGAACCGGAUCUGUUGUCCAGUCCGAAUCCACUGUUCAACCCAUUCCCCGGCGGCUUCUAUCCCGAUUUCCCGGGUGGAUUUCCGGGAUUGCCGCUGAGCAUGCUGAACCUGCUGCCGCCGGAACGACACCCACCGCACACGCUGCCGAUGUCCGUCGACGAGGAUUGCAAGAGCGAUCGGUCGAAGCAAUCGCUGGACGAUGAUUUUCCGCAACCGUUAGCACUCAAUCGACCUUCAUCGGAGCAGUUGUCGGACAGCCGGCGGGAGAUAUACCAGCAGAACGGGCAGGACUAAUAUUUAAGAUUCGUUAGCACACUCCACUCGCAAGCCCACGCAUAGACGACAGUCAAACCGUGGCACGAUGGGAUGGAUAAAAGGCUAGCUGUUUCAUCCUUCUAGUUGUUGUUGUCACCUUAGCACAAUUUUCUUUCUCCCAUCUUGUAGACCAUGUCUCUUGAAAAUCACUUCCCACUCUAUUGUGUUUCCCGUUGAUUAUGAUUUAAUUUACCGACAGGUGGUCUUGUUGGGGAAAAUGGAAGAUCACUAGAGAUCAACUGCUAAUCUGUUGAAGUGAAAGCAAUCUGUAAGCACAAUUGAACAUGUCGCUUCGCGUUUCGCAACGGUUGAAGCCCGGGAACACUGGCGCAACAUGUCCAAAACGAAGCGGUCUGGUCAUUAAGAGCAUUAAACAUUCGGAUGCUUUGCUAGGCGACAUGUUUAAUUCAAGCAAUAUUAUAUUGAAAUCCGUUAGCAAAAUUCUUACCUUUAGUUGAUGCAUACAAGUUAUGGCAAUGUAUGGGUAUGGGCUUUCCGUGGCAAUAUCUAAAACGAUACAACUAAACAAAACGCCUACAUAGUCGGCUAGAAUCUAAGACUGGUCAUUUGCAACGAAGCGUGGGGAUUUGCAAAUGUGAUGGAACGAGGAGCAGUAGCGAGGUUUUCUUUCUCUUUCGCCCCAUGAAACAAAACACUGCACAACCUUCGAACGUGUAAAUGGACCUUACUUUGCAGUAUCUUAGUUCAAUGUGUACAGCGUGUACGGGUUGUUUGAGUUCUGUUAAUAUAUUCUGUUUCCACCAUCCUUUUUCGCAAACAGUCAACACAAAUCGAUUAGUUUGUAAUAUCGAGCAGAACGCAACACCGUACACGGUUUAUUUACUAUUUUAGUAAACGGCAAACUUCUUCACACACGUGCUGGAAGUGUAAAGAUAGGUUGUCACAAAACCACGUGUCAAAUGAUUCAACAUGCAAAUCAAAUAAUAGAAAACAAUACGGACAACGUGCAACGAUUGUACUGUGGUACUGCAUGUGAGGUGAGGUUGUACAUCAAACAGUUGAAAAUACGUGCUUCCUGAAGAGUAAUCUUAAGUUUCGUGUAAGUUUUAAAUCAAAGAAUCAAUAGAACUCCAACCAUGCUAAUAAUAACGUGCUGGUAUCGUCGCAACUACUAGUUGAAACCGACACCCCGAUCGACAUGGAUCGUUACGUCGCUGCAUAAACUGCAUUGUUGCGGUAUACUCUCUCAGUUAUUUUGUUUUGUUAUGAUUAGCAACAGAUUAAAAUAUUAUUAUUCAUAUUUUUUAUUAUUUAUAAAUCAAACACAAACUAGAUCUUGAUUAUAUAGUCCGUAAGUCAUCAUCGCACGAUGAAUGCAAUUGUGAAUGCAAUGUAUUUAGUUAAAUUUGCCUUACUUUCCUGGUAGCAAUACUUUUUUUUCCUAUAAUAUUUACGAAACGUUGAUUCAAUUCCGUCACUUUGUUUAAUGCUACUGUUUUGUUGGUAAACACGUGAUGCUUAGUAAACAACAACAUUGCUUCCUGAUUUCUUUCUCGAUUCCUAUUAAGUUGUACGAACGAUUUUAUUGCAUAGUUUAAUUUUAUGUUGUAACCAGUUGUAGAGGAAAGCAAUCGUGAGCGACUACAUCGACACAAGGCGUAACUUCAAAGAAGGAGCUAAGUAAAACCAGAUGAACAAUACAGUAUUAAUAAAGCAGAUAUUAUUAAACUAGUAAAUACAUUUUUUAUGUUUGGUUAUGUUUUUUUUUGUUUUACUUUGUUUCUGUUCUUUCUUUUCCGCUUUUGUUUUCAGCAACAUACAUUUUAUGAGUUAUACAUGAUUUUGUUAAGCUUCCUGUUUUACUGCCGUUUCAGUAUGGAGCAUGUAUUUAGCACACAAGAUACGAGCGAUCUUAUCCAAAUCUACAAACCUAUGAGUAGCCAAAUCGAAUCGAAUUGGCAUGGAAUAAGACUGAAAUGCAUCACACCGAAUAACACCCAUGUUUUAGUUUGUGUGUGUGUGUGUGAAUGGUUUUCUUUUAAUAAUCUUUAUUUUACCACAAUAAGCUAUAUCUCAAUCAACAAAAUUCUGUUAGUUAUUCAUCAUUGUGCGCUAUUUUUGACCAAACACAAUUCAAACGAUUCAUUUCAAAUAUUCCACACAGAUCCUCAAAGCAUUCUAAUGCAUUAUUAGAUGUUAAACUAUUUCAAAUGAUAAAAAAAGAACAAACACACACCAAUGUUACAUAUACAUACGUUCUUCAAUGUCGAAGGAUGAUCGCGAUCAUAAUUGAUGCUUAUUAAAGUUUAUUACAAGCACCCAAGAGGCAACAGUGGCAGUACGUGGCGAUCGUUUCGUUUUUGUUAACUAACCACAAUAGAUUAAACAACGGAACAGCACUUUUGUGCGUUCGUACAGAUUUGAAACCGUAAGUGACAGAGUUACUAUCCAUAUGUAAUGAUGGUUAAAAAAGUUAUGUUUCGAAUUUCUUCGUGCAAUAUUGAAUGCGCUGUGGCGUAUGUGAAUCGGUUGACCUGACAAAACUAGCAUGCAAUAGAUAUACAGAUAACAAUGCGCAAAAGCAAGCAGGAAAGAUAUAGACGCAAGCAACCACAACCAAUAGUUCCUCAAUCAAUAUACAUAUACAAUAAAACUGACAACAGUUAUUUGUUAUACAACAAUAUUAACAAGUAAGUCAUCGAAGAAGAAGAAAGAGAAGAAAAACACUGAUUCCUCUCAGCAGGCGCCCUUUCGUAUAGUCCCAUCCCGGGUGUCCGUACGGUAUGGUAUGGAGUUACCUGAGAAAAGACCGACCGACAAUUAUUCUGGCGACAAGCGGCUUGAAAGUGCUAUUUCCUGAAAAGAACAAGAAAAAUGCCGCCGAAGGGCGUCGGCUGGAAUUGAUACAAUUUUUUUUUUAUUAUUUACAAGAUAGCGCCAAAACUGUUCGAAACAGUUACCUACAAUAUCCAUAGCUGAGUUGAAAUGAACUAAUUUUUACAUUGCAGUUUUACACACAGUACCAGAUCAAUCGAGCCAAAUCGAUCAGCAACUACGAGAACGAGAACAAUUUUUACAAAUAUUUUUAUACAAACACACAAUAGGUCACAAUGCAUAUGUACGCUGCUAGUACGAGAGCAAUGAGUAUUUUACAGAACGAUAAUUAAGUGGAUUAUUAUUGCAUAAAGCAAACAGAUAGAAAGAGAAAGAAAAGAAGAAGAAGAAGAAGAAAAGGAAAGAAAUAGAAAGAAGAAAGAAACAAAGAGAGUGAGCGAGCGUGAGAAAGAGAGAGAGAGAGUGGGAGUAUGAAAUUCAUGAUCAUCACUACUAGACAUCUUGACAAAAUGUUGCUGUGGAUCAUGUGGCACUGUGGACAGCAAAAAAGAACUAGAUUAAAAUCUCCAACUGAGUAGGGAAAAAUCGCCGCACAAGGGGUAGUGUUACAGUAACAAAAAGAAAGGCACGAAUGGAAAUGUGGAAAACUACUCACAGACUGCCCUGUCAGCGUAGGAGUACACUACAGAAACGAUUGCCAUUCGAACAAUUGCGUUGUUUUAUGUUCAAACAGGCAAAAAGCUUCUUUCGAAAAUUUGGUAUUUUCUAUGCGAUUCGCCAAAAGUAAUUGAAGAAGGAAAACAAAAACAGAUCGACAGAUUCUACUUGGUUUCAUCGCAAACCAACGCACAGUAAUAAAUUGCAGUUCUGUUAAAUGGUGUCAAUAGUAUAAAAAGGUGUCAAAAUGGUACGGUAGAAACAUAGUUGUAGAACUUUCAAACAUUGUAAAAUUGAACACAUGCAUACAUUUGUAAAAAGUAAAUGUACAAAUUUCAAAGCUACAAAACCACAUACGCUACGUGCAAUGAAGCGUCACAAUGUAUGAGAAACGGUCGGUAAAAAAAAAACUAUAUAUAUAUACUUUAUAAGAGCUAUAAAAUUUAAAGAAGAAAGGCCAUUGUGGGCCUAGCUGGAGAGUGUGAAAAAAGGGGUCAUUUAUAGCUAGAACAAGUGGUCUAGUGGUACAAUAGAUUCAGGCUAAUCAAACUUAUCUUUUAUCACUUGUGUUUUUAGUGUCAUUCUUAUAGUAAAUAGUAUACGAAGAAUGACGGAGGGGACAGUUAGAUUCCUUGGUGUUCAUUACAACCUAAUGAAAGCUUAUAAAAUCGUGCAGGUGUACCAACCAAAAAACAAACAAAAAAAAAUGAAACAAAAACAAAAAAACGGCAAAAGUGCAGAACUGUGAAACAAAACCGAAAAGAAAACCAUGAACAGGAUAAAAUAUUAUGUAAACCAUAUGUACAAAUCAGGAACUCGAACCUAGCAUCACUAAUGCGAGAACUAAAGUGCGCUCGCGUGUGUGUGCGUUUUCUAAGUAUCAGGUGUGUGAUUUUUGUAAUUUCGUUCAUUGAUUCAACCCCACAACGGUGCCACAACGAUAUUAGAACCAUUAUAUUACAGAACAUUACAUACGACAGAGCAGCUAGAACAAAAGAACAACAAAUGGUCUGCUUUUAUUACUCAAUUCCAUCAUCGUUUCAUGUACCAUCAAAACAAUAGACAAUCCGAGAAUGGAACGUGUUGAGAAAGGAUUUUGUUUUUCUAUAAUUCGCACACUUAACUUAACUAAUUUGUCUUUCCUCAAUUUUGCCACAAAACUAAUUAUCAUACGCAACCGGGUAAUAAAGCACACGCCCGAAGUUCACGCACACUCGCAUUGGGGUAGUAAAAAGUAAACGCGUUAACGCUGCAAAGGAACCAGUCAGCAACCGUUUUUAAGCAACAAAUGAAUAUAAAAAAACAGGGUAAUUUAAUGAAUUUCAUAUACAUUAACUAAUGUUUGUCGAAAACAUUUUAGUGCUACAAAUCAACACAAGACAGAGACAAAGCGUGUGUGGUAGCAUCAUCGAAUUGUGACUAUUGUGCGCUGAAUCAGCAAGAGAUUGAACUCAAUUUCUAACACUAACGAUGUAAUCUAUACAACCCACGUUACGAGAGCCGAGAGUGUGACAGUGGCGUGUGACAGUAGUAUGUGCGAUAGACUAUAAUGUACGCACGCAUAUAUAGAGUGUAGUGAAGAAAUGUGUCACUGCGGACCGCUACAAAUGUUCUAUUUUUACCGUAUUGAAUAUACAACUUAGAACAUACAAUGUAAAGCAAACAAAACAAAGCUGGGCGUGCAGAAAAACAAAAAAUUAAAAGUUUCAUUCUUUCGUGCUUGUGUUAACGCACAAUGUACCACAGUUCGAAACAAAAUAAAACAACAAAUAUUUAUGUCAAUAUUUCUAUACACCACCUUACCGGUCAGUAUGCAAGCAGCAGUAAUGCGAAAAUGGUGACUUGUCUUGUUAAUUUUACUCAAGCAUACAAUGUGAUAUGUAUCGUUUUGGACUUCCGUUCAUAUUAUUGAUACUUAUGUGCUCGUUUCAUAGACUCAUAGGUUCAGUUUCGUUUCGUGACGUGAAUCAUACAAAUUUAGCAAUUGUGUAAAUAUAUAUGAACAAAACAAAACAAAAAAGCCCCCAAAACAAACAAAACAUCCUAGCUUUGGAACAAAACAAUGGUAAUGGAAUGCGGAAACCCCCUUCUGGAUGUAGAAUGUCCAAGCUAGCGUUUUUUCUUGUAUUAUUCUCUUUAUAACCAAAAAUAAAACAAGACGUAGACGAUGUAGGAUGCAGUAAGGAUAAAAAUACAAACUCUCUAGGCAAAUAACUUCUACUUCACUGUUGUUUAGACGAAAAUUAUGAUUGCAAAAGUACGAAAAGUAAAUACAAAAAGCAACCAAAAACUUAACCAAAUUUGUCUACGAGAUACGAAACAGCAUGUGUAUGUGUGCGUUGUGGAAGAAAUCGAAAAAAAAACACUAAAACAAAACAUGAACCGAACGGGGUCACAUAAUUUGAUAGCAUUUGUAAAGCGUAAAGAAAUUAAACAUAAACGUAACGAUAAUUAUUUGCAUCUGCAUGCAACGAUGCAGUUAGUUUGUAUCGUGUUUCCUCUUUCAGGAACAUGCAUUUCGAAACGUUGACACGCCUACAACGCAUCGAUAGCCCCCAAAGAAAAAGGUGCUCGAGCUAUAGGUGGGAAAAUGUUAACAAUUGGUGCAUGAUUCACAUUCUUUUCUGAAAAAUGUCGUUCAGUUCCAGUAAUCGAUUAUGUUUCACAAUAACAAAGCAUGGGAUCCAUCCAUCAUUGAAGGAUCCCUGGGAUGGGAUUGUCAUGCGUGCAAACAGUCCCAGUUCAUCCUGCUCCAUUGGAACAGGCACAUCAGAACGUAACGUGUAACGAUCGGAUUGCUAAAAACCAGGAAUGGGGAGUACGACAUGCAGCUUUGUCAAACACCAAAGCCCACUUUUACUCCUUAAGGCAAAGUUUUCUAGCCGAGACGCUAGUCCCAAGCAAAUCUCUACUAAACGAUCACUGUAAAAAGGAUACUAACAAAGGGGGGAAAGUAACUUAAACAUAAACCAAAUUAAGCAUGCGGCUAACUGAAGCAUAUGGAAAUUCUUCAAAAUUGUGAAAAAGUGUAAUGAUCAUAUUUGGCACUAAUUGAUAUUUACUGUUAUAAAACAAUAACGAAAAUUAAAUAAAAAGAUAAAAAACAACGUCUUGAUCGAAAA